ACCAUCUUACAUCUAUUACUCUCGUAAUUUUUUCUUCAUCAAAUCAAGCAAACAUGUCAAGUGCCCAACAAAACUUCAAUGCAGGCCAAACCCAAGGCCAGACUCAGGCUAAGGCAGAACAUUUUGUCCAAUCCACAAAGGAAACAGCUUCGGCAGCUGCUGACAAGGCUAAUGCAGCUUCUAACACAACAGGGCAAACUGUUCAACAAAACAAGGAAGAAUCUGCUGGUUUUCUCCAACAGACUGGGGAGCAAGUGAAGAACAUGGCUCAAGGUGCAGUGGAUAGUGUGAAGCACACACUCGGGAUGGACAAGAAGUGAAAUUAACUGGAGAUCAUGAUCUUGGUUUAAUUGUCAAAUUGUUUGGCUGUUCCUUCAACUCAAAUGGAAGAAAGGAAUAAACAUAUUUCUUUGUUUUUAGAACUUCAUAUGCUUUGUCCUAGUUUUAGGGGUUAGCAAAUUAAGUAUGUAUUGACUAUUGAUUAAUGAUUGUGGAGUUUUGCUGAAGGAAAAACAAUUUCAGUUGUAAUAAAACAUAGCUUCUUUCCA